AUGCCUCUUUCUUGUCGAUUUUAUGCGAAUCAAUUUCCCGAUGUCGAAGACACCGUUAUGGUGAAUGUACGACAAAUUGCUGAAAUGGGCGCAUAUGUUUCUUUGCUUGAAUAUAACAAUAAAGAGGGAAUGAUUUUGCUAUCAGAAUUAUCAAGACGUCGUAUACGAUCAGUGAAUAAACUUAUUCGAGUGGGUAGAAGUGAAUGCGUUGUCGUAAUUCGAGUUGAUGAAGACAAAGGAUAUAUAGAUUUGUCGAAACGAAGGGUUUAUUCGAAGGAUUUGAUUCAGUGCGAGGAUCGAUUCGCCAAAGCAAAAGCAGUCAAUAGCAUAUUGCGCCAUGUUGCUGAUCAAUUGGAUUAUACUAAAGAAGAGGAAUUAGAAAAUUUAUAUGAAAAGACAGCAUGGUAUUUUGAUAAAAAAUUGAAAAAGAAAGCUGCUGCAUAUGAUGUCUUCAAAAAAGCCAUUAGUGAUCCAUCGGUCUUAGAUGAAUGCGAUAUAAAUAACGAAAUUCGUGAAAAGCUUCUGGAAGAUAUUCGUAAAAGAUUAACACCGCAAGCAGUAAAAAUUCGAGCUGAUAUUGAAGUAUCUUGUUUUGCUUAUGAUGGAAUUGAUGCAGUUAAAGAUGCACUUAUCAAAGGCCAGAAAUGUUCGACAGAAGAAAUGCCAAUAAAAAUCAAUUUGAUUGCCGCUCCAUUAUUUGUUGUUACUACUCAAACUAUGGAACGUGCUGAUGGUCUUUACGCUGUUAAUAAAGCUUUAGAUAUGAUUAAAACUACCAUUGAAUCGUAUCAAGGAAUUUUCAAAAUAGUUAUGCCACCUAAAGUAGUUACUGAUUUGGAUGAAGAAGAUAUCAAAAAACGAAUGGAACUUAUGGAAUUAGAAGAUGAUAUGAACAGUGAAAUUGAUGAUGAAGAAGAAGGUAAUCGUGGUGGCAUUAAUGAUGACGGUGAUGACGAUGGAUUGGUUGCUCCAAAGGGUCUGGAUCAACAGGCAGAUAUGCAAGAAGUUAGUCACACAACUAAUCAGACUGCCGAAGAUUCUGAUUAA